CCGGGGCCGGGGCCGGCUCGUGCGGGGGGUAUGAUGACCCGGCGGCGGGGCCCCGGAUCGCGUCUCCUCCGCCGCCUCCUCGCGGCGGCCCCGGCUCGCGGCUGAGAACCACACACACCGGCGGUCACUUUGGUUCUGUGUUUUCUUCUCACCUCGUUACUGAGGUCUGAGUGAGUGUCAGCCACACGAAGAGUCCUGGUGAUAAAAUGUGCACCUGUGAGGAAGGCUGGUGAAGUGCUGCUUGUUUUUUCCUCUUGCAUGGAUUAGGUUUGUUUUUCUGAGUAUGGCAUCACAGCUGCAGGUGUUUUCCCCCCCAUCAGUGUCGUCGAGUGCCUUCUGCAGUGCGAAGAAACUGAAAAUAGAGCCCUCUGGCUGGGAUGUUUCAGGACAGAGCAGCAACGACAAAUACUAUACCCACAGCAAAACCCUCCCAGCUACACAAGGGCAAGCCAGCUCCUCUCACCAGGUAGCAAAUUUCAGUAUUCCUGCUUACGACCAGGGCCUGCUCCUCCCAGCUCCUGCGGUGGAGCAUAUUGUGGUGACAGCUGCUGACAGCUCAGGCAGUGCCGCCACGGCAACCUUCCAAAGCAGCCAGGCCCUGACUCACAGCAGCAACGUCUCCUUGCUUGAGCCAUAUCAAAAAUGUGGACUGAAAAGAAAAAGUGAGGAAGUGGACAGCAACGGCAGCGUGCAGAUCAUAGAAGAACACCCCCCUCUCAUGCUGCAAAACAGAACUGUGGUGGGUGCUGCUGCCACGACCACCACUGUGACCACGAAGAGUAGUAGUUCUAGCGGAGAAGGGGACUACCAGCUGGUCCAGCAUGAGAUCCUUUGCUCCAUGACCAACAGCUAUGAAGUUUUGGAGUUCCUAGGCCGAGGGACGUUUGGGCAGGUGGCAAAGUGCUGGAAGCGGAGCACCAAGGAAAUCGUGGCUAUUAAGAUCUUGAAGAACCACCCGUCCUAUGCCAGACAAGGACAGAUUGAAGUGAGCAUCCUUUCCCGCCUCAGCAGCGAAAAUGCUGAUGAGUAUAACUUUGUCCGUUCCUACGAGUGUUUUCAGCACAAGAAUCAUACUUGCCUUGUGUUUGAGAUGUUGGAGCAGAACCUGUAUGAUUUUCUAAAGCAGAACAAGUUUAGCCCACUGCCACUCAAGUACAUCAGGCCAAUCCUGCAGCAGGUGGCCACAGCGCUGAUGAAGCUCAAGAGCCUUGGCCUGAUUCAUGCUGACCUUAAACCUGAAAACAUCAUGCUGGUUGACCCAGUUCGCCAACCCUACCGAGUGAAGGUCAUUGACUUUGGUUCUGCUAGCCAUGUUUCCAAAGCUGUGUGUUCAACCUACCUGCAGUCACGCUACUACAGAGCCCCUGAAAUUAUUCUUGGAUUGCCGUUCUGUGAAGCUAUUGACAUGUGGUCCCUGGGCUGUGUAAUAGCCGAGCUGUUCCUGGGAUGGCCUCUUUAUCCUGGUGCUUCAGAGUAUGAUCAGAUUCGCUAUAUUUCACAAACACAAGGCCUGCCUGCUGAAUAUCUUCUCAGCGCUGGGACAAAAACAACCAGGUUUUUCAACAGAGAUCCUAAUUUGGGGUACCCACUGUGGAGGCUUAAGACACCUGAAGAACAUGAAUUGGAGACUGGAAUAAAGUCAAAAGAAGCCCGGAAGUACAUUUUUAACUGUUUAGACGACAUGGCUCAGGUAAAUAUGUCUACAGACUUAGAGGGAACAGACAUGUUGGCAGAGAAGGCAGAUCGGAGAGAAUACAUUGAUCUCUUAAAGAAAAUGCUGACGAUUGAUGCAGAUAAGAGAAUCACGCCUCUGAAAACUCUUAACCACCAGUUUGUGACAAUGACUCACCUUCUGGAUUUUCCACACAGUAACCAUGUUAAGUCUUGUUUCCAGAACAUGGAGAUCUGCAAGCGGAGGGUUCACAUGUACGACACAGUGAGUCAGAUCAAGAGCCCCUUCACUACACAUGUUGCUCCAAAUACAAGCACAAACCUAACCAUGAGCUUCAGCAACCAGCUCAACACAGUGCACAAUCAGGCCAGUGUUUUAGCUUCCAGUUCCACUGCAGCAGCUGCUACUCUUUCUCUGGCUAAUUCAGAUGUCUCACUGCUAAACUACCAGUCAGCUCUGUACCCAUCGUCUGCUGCACCAGUCCCUGGAGUCGCCCAGCAGGGCGUCUCCUUACAGCCUGGGACAACCCAGAUCUGCACUCAGACAGAUCCCUUCCAACAAACAUUCAUAGUAUGUCCACCUGCUUUUCAGACUGGGCUGCAAGCAACAACAAAACAUUCUGGAUUCCCUGUGAGGAUGGAUAAUGCUGUGCCAAUUGUGCCCCAGGCUCCCGCUGCUCAGCCACUGCAGAUACAGUCAGGAGUACUCACGCAGGGAAGCUGUACACCACUAAUGGUAGCAACUCUCCACCCUCAAGUAGCCACCAUCACGCCGCAGUAUGCGGUGCCCUUUACCCUGAGCUGCGCAGCCGGCCGGCCGGCGCUGGUUGAACAGACUGCUGCUGUACUGCAAGCUUGGCCUGGAGGGACCCAACAAAUUCUCCUCCCUUCAGCUUGGCAGCAGUUGCCUGGAGUAGCUCUACACAACUCUGUCCAGCCCACUGCAGUGCUUCCAGAAGCCAUGGGGAGCAGUCAGCAGCUGGCCGACUGGAGGAAUGCCCACUCUCAUGGCAGCCAGUACAGCGCUAUCAUGCAGCAGCCGUCUCUGCUGACUAACCAUGUGACGCUGGCCACUGCUCAGCCUCUGAAUGUUGGUGUUGCCCAUGUUGUCAGACAGCAGCAGUCUAGUUCCCUCCCUUCAAAGAAGAAUAAGCAGUCUGCUCCAGUCUCUUCCAAAUCUUCUCUUGAAGUCCUGCCUUCCCAAGUUUAUUCUCUGGUUGGGAGUAGUCCUCUCCGCUCCACAUCUUCUUACAAUUCCCUAGUCCCUGUCCAAGACCAGCAUCAGCCAAUCAUCAUUCCAGAUACUCCCAGCCCUCCUGUGAGUGUCAUCACCAUCCGUAGUGACACUGAUGAAGAAGAGGACAACAAAUACAAGCCCAAUAGCUCGGGCCUGAAGGCAAGGUCUAAUGUCAUCAGUUAUGUGACUGUGAAUGACUCUCCAGACUCGGACUCUUCCCUGAGCAGCCCGUAUUCCACUGACGCUCUGAGUGCUCUCCGGGGCAACAGUGGGGCACUUCUGGAGGGACCUGGCAGAACUGCGGCAGAGGGCACUGGCACCCGUACCAUCAUUGUGCCUCCAUUGAAAACACAGCUUGGUGACUGCACUGUAGCAACACAGGCCUCAGGUCUCCUUAGCAGUAAGACCAAGCCAGUGGCCUCGGUGAGUGGGCAGUCAUCUGGGUGCUGUAUCACCCCCACAGGGUACCGAGCUCAACGCGGGGGAACCAGCGCGGUGCAGCCACUCAACCUUAGCCAGAACCAGCAGUCAUCGUCAGCUCCAACCUCGCAGGAAAGAAGCAGCAACCCUGCUCCCCGCAGACAGCAGGCAUUUGUGGCCCCGCUCUCCCAAGCCCCCUACGCCUUCCAGCAUGGCAGCCCACUGCACUCGACGGGGCACCCACACUUGGCCCCAGCCCCUGCUCACCUACCAAGCCAGCCUCACCUGUAUACGUACGCUGCCCCCACUUCUGCUGCUGCACUGGGUUCCACCAGUUCCAUUGCUCAUCUCUUCUCCCCCCAGGGUUCCUCAAGGCAUGCUACAGCUUAUACCACCCACCCCAGCACUCUGGUGCACCAGGUUCCUGUCAGUGUUGGGCCUAGCCUCCUCACUUCUGCCAGUGUGGCCCCUGCUCAGUACCAACACCAGUUUGCCACUCAGUCGUACAUAGGGUCUUCCCGAGGCUCAGCAAUUUACACUGGAUACCCACUGAGUCCUACCAAGAUCAGUCAGUAUUCUUACUUGUAGUUGAUGAGGUCGAGGGGGGCCUCAUGGCUGCCGGCUACUGGCCUGAGUUCUUCAUGGGCCCUGGCGAGCGCCUCCAUUGUCUUCUCUUGAAAGUUCCUAGCCAGCAAGCUCGUUCUGCAGGGCCCACUGAAGCAGAAGGCUUUUCUCUGGGGCCCGGCUCUCAGUGCUGACUGCAUUGUUGUAGUCUCCCAAGUCUGCCCUGUUUUUUAAUUCUUUGUUCUUGUGACAGCAGUUUUGGACUUUGGAAGAGCUCAGAAGCCCAUCUUCUGCAGUUACCAAGGAAGAAAGAGCGUUCUGAAGUUACCCUCUGACAUACAUUUUGUCUCUUUGACUUGAUUUCUAUAAAUACUUUUAAAAACAAGUGAAGUCCUUCUUAACGAGGAAAAAUGCUGAUAAAGGAUUUGAAUCUUGUAACAGAUGAGAAAAGUCAUUACUUUUUGUUUGUUUAAAAACUAAGACUUUCUUGCCUUUUAUUUUAAAAGCAGCUUGUGCAAGGCUAUACUUUCCUAUUAGGCAUUUCUCCUCAAAAGUUGAUCUUUACUUAUAGCACAUUGAAACUUACAGUGAUUUAGUUAUUUUUUCAUGCUGUACUAUCC